CGAUUGCUCCGCGCAACUCCCAAAUUCUGCCGUUACACCCAUCCUCCUCUACAGCCAUACUCGUAUCUAAACAGGACAAUGUCUGUCGCCGCGUCGAUUGCGAGGCUCCACAGUCCGCUGAAAGAGCUUGUCAGCAGCGUCGCCGACGCGCACCAUGGUAAAUCCGAGAAGGAUAAGACGGAGGUCUCCGAGUGGAUUGAGAAGGUCGCUGCUGGAGAUGCUGUCAAAGCAGACGGUCUUAGAGACCUCGAUGCCCAGCUGACUCCGAAUACCUAUAUCGUGAGCAAUUACUUUACCGCCGCAGACGUCGCUCUCUACGGCGCCCUUCAUCCUCUCCUUGCUCAACUUCAGCCGACACAAUACUACUCGCACCCUGCCGUUACGCGCUACUUUGACCACAUCCAAAAUCGCCCUUUAGUGAGGGAAGCCGCUACCCCAUUUGCGCCUGCCUUCUCCCUCGUUCCGUUCGACCUUGAGAAUGCACCUAGCAUCGAGCGCAAGGCCGACCCCCCGAAGGAGAAGAAGAAAGUUCCAAAAGCAGCCGACCAGGCCGAGUCCAGCUCUGCAGCUGCCCCUGCUGAAAAGAAGAGCAAGAAGAAGGAGGCUGCACAGACUGUUGACGAGAGUGUGAACAAGGAUGCGGAUGCUGCUGCGCCAAAAGAGAAGAAGGAGAAGAAGCCUGCCCAGGAAAGCGGUAAGAAGGGCGGAAAUGCGCCGAAGGCUGCUGAGGAUGCGGGCGAGCCCGUUCCUUCCAUGAUUGACCUGCGGGUUGGGCACAUCGUUGAUAUCAUGAAGCAUCCGGACGCUGAUGGUCUCUACGUCGAGCAAAUUGACUUCGGCGAGGAGACUGGCCCUCGUACGGUCGUUUCUGGUCUGGUCAACUACAUUCCUAUAGAGCAAAUGCGAGACAAGUACCUCGUCGGUGUGUGCAACUUGAAGCCUGCGAACAUGCGUGGCGUGAAGAGUUUCGCCAUGGUUCUUUGUGCAACACACAAAGAUGGCAAGGAGGCAGGUAUAGAACUUGUUGAACCACCCGUGGGCUCGCAGCCCGGAGACCGCGUCUACUUCGAGGGCUCUGACUUCGAAAAUGCUCAACCGUUGUCUCAACUCAACCCGAAGAAGAAGAUUUUCGAGACCAUUCAGCCCGGUUUUACUACUCUUGAGUCGCAUGAGGCUGCUUGGAUUAAUCCUGGUACCAGGAGUGUCCACAGGAUCCGCACCACCAAGGGUGUUUGUGUUGGGCCGAACUUCAUUGGCGCAUCUUUGUCAUGACAUACUUAUCGUAUAAUGUAAUAUAGAUGUUGCGAUAGUUUGUUGUGAUCAUCACUGCGAUAUGUUGUCCAU